GCUGGGAGAUCAGCGCGUUGCAAUAAAAGGCUUCUAAAGGAAUACAUUCAUCCUGUGGAUUUAUUCUUAUAAAAUAAUAGUGAUGGCAGUUACUCAGGCUGGAUGCGACUUGACAUACUGCAAGAUGAGGGGGAUCGUGUCCGUUCUCACCGCUUUUAUUAAAGAAAGGAAGAUGGGCUUAAACGACUUCAUCCAGAAGCUUGUUUCCAACCCUCCCAUUUGUCAACAUGAUGAGGUUGGUUCAUUCUUAAAAAUAGAUGAAAACCAGAAUGAGGAGCUGGAAGAGAAUCACCUGUGUUUGACCAAUCCCAGGAGCUCUUUGGCUGAAGAAACUCAGAUCCAACCUUCAGAUUUUGACUACUUAAAGAUCAUUGGGAAGGGGAGCUUUGGAAAGGUUCUGCUCGCGCGGCACAAGGAAAGCGAACAGUACUAUGCUGUGAAGGUGCUACAGAAGAAAAUCAUUCUGAAAAAGAAAGAGCAAAAGCAUAUCAUGGCGGAAAGGAGUGUAUUAAUGAAAAAUAUCAAACAUCCAUUCCUGGUUGGGCUGCACUACUCUUUCCAAACCACAGACAAACUGUACUUUGUGCUAGACUACGUCAAUGGAGGCGAGCUGUUCUACCACCUCCAGCGUGAGAGGGUGUUUCUGGAGCCCAGGGCAAGGUUUUAUGCUGCUGAGAUAGCUAGUGCUCUCGGUUACCUCCACUCACUGCACAUCGUUUACAGAGACUUAAAGCCAGAGAACAUCCUCUUGGACUGUCAGGGCCACAUUGUGCUGACAGAUUUCGGUCUGUGCAAAGAGGGACUGGAAUCAAACGGCACAACCACAACGUUCUGUGGAACUCCUGAGUACUUGGCACCUGAGGUCCUCCAGAAACAGGCCUAUGAUCGUACAGUAGACUGGUGGUGCCUGGGAUCAGUACUGUUUGAGAUGCUGUAUGGACUGCCUCCAUUCUACAGUCGCAACACUGCCGAGAUGUACAACAACAUCCUUCACAAGCCUCUAGUCCUGAAGCCUAAUGUGUCCAAUUCUGGCCGUGACCUGCUGGAGGGUUUGCUGCACAAGGACCGUACCAAGAGACUUGGGUCCAAAGAUGAUUUUCUGGAGAUUAAGUUCCACAGCUUCUUCUCUCCCAUCUACUGGGAUGACCUCAUGGCCAAAAAGAUCAUCCCUCCUUUCAUUCCUUCAGUGAGUGGUCCCACUGACCUUCGGCACUUUGACCCAGAGUUCACACACUUACCUGUGUCGACCUCCCUAUGCAACACUGAUAACCUGCACAUGACCAGCAGCGUACGGGAGGCAGCUGGAGCAUUCCCAGGUUUUUCUUAUGGUCCAGCGGCUGACCAUGCCUUCCAGUAAUAGCCUCCGUGACACCAUCCAGAAUGUCCAUUCCAGCAUCGGGACAGAAGAAGGACCACAGUGCGGGACACUUAGCUCUUCCAAUUUAUUUGCAAGUACGACCUGGCACCACAAAGGGACAUUGAUACAACCCGGAUACUCGUGCAUGCCCAGGAGGAACAUGGGACGUUAUAGGACUACAGUAACAACUUCCAGAAAACAUGAAAUGUGUGCCAAUGGUUGCAAAGAGGACCUGAGCUCCUAGAGAGAGAGAGAGAGAGAGAGAGAGCGCUUAGAAGUGCCUGAGAAUUUAACUGAUGAUCUGUGAGAGGAGGGAAACAGGCAAAUUAACUGUGGCUGAGAUGAUGGCACCAGCUA